CCUCUUAAGAAUCAAAGUGCUGUGCUUUUACAUACAUAUAUGACUUCUCACAAGCGCUUGUAACUCGCAUAUUCCACGAAUGAAAACUUAAAAUAGUCUUGACUAGGGCAGCAAAUCUCCGUAGCGAUGGGAGUUAAACAAGUUUUUGUGAAGGCUUUGUUAAGCAAGACAGGUAUUCGGCAUUCCUAAGCAUGUUGAUCACUUCUCAUCAAAGACUAGAUUCAAUAUAAUGCUGAUCCUCCCAACGAGAGGCGACUUGGCUCGUGACUUUAAACCAGGUCGGAUUGGCUGGAGUAAGUCACGUGUUUCUUAUUCCAGCUGAAACCUAGUAGACAAGAGACCGCAGUAAAAUUUAACAGUUUUGAAUGUUGCGUUUGAAAGGUGAUGGUAAGAUAGAGAUGUGAUUUUAAAAUACAUAACACCAUUCGGAAGUGAACAUUAAAUGCCUCUUCUAGACAUUUCCGAGAGCUUCUGCUUAGUAUAUAAAGUGGACAAGGAAGGUAUGUGCUGUUAAUUCUAAGAAAUUAUUAAAGUUUACCCUUUUAACAUUGUUAUCAUAUCAUUAUCAGUUUAAGUCACGAUGAUUUGGUGAGUGUUUGAAACGGAAUAAACCCUAGUGCCAAACCAACGAAUUAAUAGCCACCUAGCCGACAUAAAAAAAAACAACAACAAAAAAACUAUCGGUGUUUAGUAUACUAGAAUGAGAAUGGAGCACGUGCUGUUCAUAGGGCUUCUACUGACCGGAGUCCACGUAAUGCAGACUUCAGCUUACUUGACCGACUGGAAUAUGGUAGGAAGUCGCUUGACCCAGCCUAUGUGCGUGGAUAUACCCCAGAAUUUGACCCUAUGUCACGGGAUCGGAUAUACACAGAUGAGAUUGCCUAAUUUACUGGGCCAUGAUACAAUGAUCGAAGUGGGUCAACAGGCCGGGCCAUGGGUUCCUCUGUUCAACCUCAAAUGUCACCCAGACACACAGCUGUUCUUGUGUUCCCUGUUCUCGCCAGUCUGCCUAGACCGACCAAUCUACCCUUGCCGCUCCCUGUGCGAGGCCGUCCGUAAAGGAUGUGAAAGAAGAAUGAAUACGUACGGCUAUCCCUGGCCGGACAUGGUCCGCUGUGAUCAGUUUCCGUUGGAUAAUGACAUGUGCAUCACCGUACAGUCUACUGUUGAGGGAGUUGUUAAAACAAGUGUCCAAAAAUUAGGAAACGAAGAGCUGAGGUUUAGAAAAGCCAAAAUUUUCAAAAUGAAAGAAGGGACGAUAUCGAAAUCUGAUCUAAAAGCCCCUGUCUUCGAACAUCCCAAUAUGUCUAGAUGCUGUGGUGAACUAAUUGAAAAACUUGACACUAGAGGGCGAGUCCUUGCAAUGGGGGUUAAAAAGAAGGGUAGUCUGUUUCCAACUUUGAUUAUACCAUGGGAGAAGACAAAUAAAGCUAUUCGAAAAGUCCAGAGGACCAUGAAAAAAUUUAAUUGCUCAAAUCCACAAGCUCUUUCCCGAACCAUGUUAACUAGAAGUAAGAUCCCAGUACGACGUUUUAGAAAAAUUAAACGGGCAAGAAGACCAAUACAGAAAAGAAGAGGAAAGAAGGAGAUACCAGACGUAAAACAAAGUGCUCCUGUGUGGUGCGCUGGAUGCAAGCAACCCCUGACACUACGAAACCUGCUAAGCAAGUUCUGUGCAGCAGACUUCGUGAUCAAGACGAGAAUUCGAAGAAUAAUAAACGACAAAAUGAAGUGUAGAAGAUCUCGAAUCCUGAGUUUCAAAGAAGAUUUGGUGGCCAGAGAGGAGUUGGCAGCCCCGACAUUCGUGCACCCCAACAUGACUGAUUGUUGUGGAGAGAUGUUGGACUCCAUGAAAGACAAAAAGAAUCGCGUUAUAAUAAUGGGUGACAAAAGCGAGACCGGACUGAAAACAAACCUAGUAAUACCUUGGGGAAAUAACACGAGGUUGAUUAAGCGUACGAUGAGAGUAGCGAAAAAGAAGAAAUGUCCGGAACAACUGAAAUAAAUGUGUUUGUGUGGUCUGAAAAUAGUUUUUGGUUAAUUCGAGAAUUUUGUUAAUUUUUUUUCCUUUUUUUUUUUUUUUGGUUAAUUCGCGGAAACAUUUUAAGUUGCCGGUUUCAAAAUAACCAGCGAUCUGAGUUGAGGAACUUGUAUUGUGUCCCAAGCUAUAUCAAUGAUGCCGAGAAGAAUUGUUUCAAAAAUGGACACUAAUACAAAUCUAUAAUUAACUUUUAGACUAAAUAAUAAGUAAACUGAAUUUAAAUGGCUUCCAAUUGGAAUUGAGAAAACAAACGCUGCUAAGCCUAGAUUUAGACUUUCAGUUAGAAAACGAAAUUGUUAAAAUAUAUUUCAAUGUUAGCACUUGCUGAAACAGAACAAAUUGAGUAAUGAAGUUGCACAAGGCUGUAUACGAGCUGUUCAAGUUGCACAAGGCUGUAUACGAGCUGUUCUCCUUUCUUGGACGAUUAAUCAUGAAUUUUGUGUAGUGUAUUCUUCCGCAGUAUUCAGACUUAAAUAGUAGUUCCUUUCGUUGUCGCUUCAGUUGAGUUGAUGCUUCAGCCCUGAUGCAGUUAACCCAUUGUAUGUUGUUUUUUUCCCCUUCAUUUGCUAAAAUAUACAGGUUUCUACGUACUAGUUAUAUGGCCAUCACAUUGUUCACUGUAUAUUAAGUGUAUUUGUAAUAAAAAAUACCGAGAGAGAGAGAGAGAGUAAAUCGUGCUGCUGCUACCGACCGGCUGCUAUUUAUCGGUAAAAUCUCCUUAAUAGCAUUGUCGGAAAUCAAAAUAUGGUUUCUGGUGAUUUUCAUGGGUGGUUCAGUCACACAAGUAUGAGAAAAUAAGAUUAUAUUUUUAAUUGUGUUCGGUAAACGCUUCCAACGUUUUAAAGUUUGCAAUCGUCUAUGAACGAUUCUGCAAGUGUUAAUUUUUUUCUAAAUUUUUGAGACCUUACGAUUUCUUUCAGAGUUUACGUGUACUUCGCUAUUUAGUGAAAUAAUUCAAUUUUGGUUCUACAACAACGAUGCUAAAACUGAGAAUACAAAAGUACAUAAAAAAAAUAUCCGAAUUUUUCAUAUUUAAAAAGAAGAAAAAUCUGUGGAUCGGAUGCUUUGUCCCCUAGCGGCGCUUUUGAAAACUGAUCUUUUAACAUUCAAGCUACUUCCCAGUAGCUUUUAGUAUUGUAGAUGUAGUUCGGAUGUGACAGAAGCAUGAAACUUUGCACAGACACCUUUUUAGGCUUAUAAAAACCAUAUUAUAAGGGGUGCCAUAUCCUACUAAAAAUAUAAGGAGAACCAUAAAACCAUUUGUAUAAAAUGAUAUAUGUUCUACCAAAACUGUGUGAUGUAUUACUUUGAUGUUUUUCAAAUUCUGUUGACAAUCAGAAGCAAGUUUUCUAAAACUAAAUUACUUCUAUAUUUUACAAACUUAGAAUAUAAAAUAAUGGUGAGAAACUCGCCAAAUUAAAAUAGUUUUAUUAGUAAAUAAAACACGAAAACAACGUUUCGGGCAACAUCUCUUUGUUAGGUUUCUAGUGAGAAUUGAGCUGUUAAUAGAAGGGUUAGGUUGAAAGAACACGUGGCUCGAGAACACGCGUAUAUUUUGACAGCUUUAUUCCGAACAAUGUGGUAAACACUCCCUAGAUUAAGCAUUAUGUUUACAUAUUGACGAAGCUAACCUUUCUUUCACUAAAGCGUAACGAAACUGUCUCGUUGAUAAACUCCUAAUAUAACUACAACUCUAUCAUUAAUAAAGUCCUAAACCGGGAAAAACGUGCAACCAAUGAAAAUAUGUAACAAAAUAUUCUCGUUAAUAAAAAUUCUAAGCAAUGACAAACAAGUAUCCAACAUAUAAAUAAUAUGAAUCUAAUGUAAAAAAAAAAAUUAUCAAGUCCAUUUUCCUUCAAUGUGAAUUAAAUGUAGUCCAUCUGCAGCCACAUUUUAAAAUGUUCCUUAUAAGUGUUUGCUGCUCAAAUGUUGAAGUACGCUUUUGGGGCUGGAGGCUUGUGGUCUUUCCCGGUAGAUGGCUCUCUUUGAAUGUUACAGGAAUGUUGUGUUCAAUGGAGAAAUACAGACAGCUCAACCUUUCAAUAGAUAUUUAAGCAUAUUAAAGUCAUAAUACAAAAUUACCUGUCAGUAGAUUGACAUUUAUACUAAUGUAAAUAACAGUAAUAUAAAUUAGUAAUAUUAAAGACUACUGUUACCUUUAAUGGAAGAAUGUUUGUAUUAGGGUUAAAACUUGUCACAUUUUGCAUAAACGCUUCUGUCUCAAUUUAUCGACAUUCCCCACAAGGGUAGUCUUGAAGACAGGUGAAUCUUUCUAAAUGGAAUAUGGGUGAGUUCGCGUGGCUUUGCAGUGGAGAUGAAGGCUUCUGUGAUUGUUGCCUUCUUGUCUUUUUGAAAAACUGUGAAGUUGUGUUGAAUCUGGUAAACGCAUGGAAAUUUGGUAAGGCUUAUGGACUUUGGUUUACUCAGGUUUUCAUAGAUGGUGUUGAUGUGUGUGUUUAAGUACUCACACUUGUUUUUCUGUGCCCAAGGCCAUCCAUAAAUCUGUACUGGGACACAGAGUGCAGAGGUUGAAGAACUUCCACUACCACCAAAAUAAUGAGAAUUCUACCUAUAUAUUACGUGAUGUUUCUUCUCUGGAGCAUUUGGAAUUCUGGAGUCAGCCUCUUCAUGAUCGCAAUGAAGCCCAUGCUGACUGGAUCUUCUAGUUCCAACAGACCGACCUAUAAUGCAAAACUGAAGCUUAUACGAUGUUUACAAAACAUAUUUAGAGCCUCUUGGCUUCCCCCAAAAAGUGACACCCCAUCCAGUAUUGCUUUGUAUUCUCUAGAAGAUGCCUGUGCGAAGUUUCACCUGUUUCAUAAUUUUGAAAGAAAUGUGACCUGAGCAAGUAGGUGUUGUUGCCAAUGGAGUCUACACAACAAAACAAAUGCACAUUUUCUGUGGCAACCUUUAAUUUCUAAAUCAUCUUUGUUAUCAGCCAUUUAUUUUAUGUAACCCUAUAUUUUGUUUUCAUGAAUUAAUUCGUUGAAGAAACUGGUAUUAUGUCUUAUUUAGUGCCUGCUUAAUGAGAGCUAUGUUACCUUGUAUAUAAUGUGAUGAAAAUAGUUGAAGUGUUACAGUGAGUUAUGUAAGUUGAUAACUUGCCUGAACUUAAACAAACAAAAAAAAAUCUUUGGGUUUGUAGGAUAAGAUAGUAAUCUAAUAAUUUCUGUAAACAACCUACGUAGAUUAGUGUGAAUCCAGCUCCUUGCUGGUGGUUGUGAUAUUUGAAUUACACCAAUCCCCCUUACUAAUUAACAUAAUUGUGAAUUCCUAAAGUUAGUGAAGAGAUUGAAGCUGAGAGAACCAGAUUAAGUGUCCUCAAGAAAUUGCAAAGUCCCCUAGUGAGAAAAAUGACCUGUGCCUGCCCCACGAUAUUGAACAGUUUGUCAUCUAGUAACCUGCUUGAGAAGGAUCUGGCCUGUCAGAAAAUGGGGCUCGGCUUUGUCCCAAAGUAGGGUUUAGACCUGUCGCAAACUGGAGCUCGGCCCUACCCCAAAAUAGGGAUUAGACCUGUUACAAAAUGGUCUUAGCCUUGUUCAAAACUGGGUGUUAAACUUGCUACAAACUGGAACUUAGUUAUGUCGCAAACCGGGGAUAAGCCCUGUCCGAAACUGUGGUUUAGACUUGUCACAAAAUGGGGCUCAGCCCUGUCCCAAAUUGGGGCUUAGACUCGUCACAAACUGCUCUAGUUUCAUCCAUGUGUGCCAUAUAUAUAGGUAGAUAGCAAAUAUGAACGCGAUUAGUUUGUUUUGUAUUUCCUAUCCAUUUUUUUCUGUAUCGCACUUGUGCUUAUUUGAACUUAUUGUCGUCAACUUUAAAAAGUAAAUAAUUUUAUAUUAGCAAUAGCUUUUGGUGUAAUAAUAAUUCUGAGUUCCUUUGUGGUUAGAAAAUCUACAUGUAGCUUGCAUGAGUAAAUGAUACAGUUAUCAGAAAAA